AUGAAAGCUCCUAUUCCCAAUUUGAUUCUCUUGUAUGCUACUCUAACUCAGAGCUUGAAGGUUGUGACCAAAAGGGGAUCAGCUGAUGGAUGCACUGACUGGUCUGUGGAUUACAAGAAAUAUCAAGUUCUAGUGGGAGAACCUGUUCGUAUAAAAUGUGCACUCUUUUAUGGAUAUAUUAGAGCUAAUUACUCCCUAGCCCAAAGUGCUGGACUUAGUUUGAUGUGGUACAAAAGCUCUGGACCCGGAGAUUUUGAGGAACCUAUAGCUUUUGAUGGAACUAGAAUGAGCAAAGAAGAAGACUCCAUUUGGUUCCGACCGACAGUGGUACAAGACAGCGGGCUCUAUGCAUGUGUUAUAAGAAACUCAACUUACUGUAUGAAAGUGUCCAUUUCGCUGACGGUGGGUGAAAAUGACACUGGACUCUGCUACAAUUCAAAGAUGAAAUAUUUUGAAAAAGCUGAACUUAGCAAAAGCAAGGAAAUCUCAUGCCCCGAAAUUGAGGAUUUUUUGUUUCCAUUUAGGGAGCCUGAAAUUCUAUGGUAUAAGGAAUGCAAGUCAAAGACAUGGAGAUCAAGUAUUGUGUUUAAAAAGGACACUCUUGUCAUUCGGGAAGUUAGAGAGGAUGACAUUGGAAAUUACACUUGUGAGUUAAAAUACGGAUACUUUGUUGUCAGAAGAACUACGGAAUUGACAGUUACAGCACCACUAACAGAUAAACCACCAAAGCUUUUACACCCCUUGGAGAGUAAGCUAACAAUUCAGGAGACCCAGUUAGGCGGUUCUGCUAAUCUAACCUGCCGAGCUUUCUUUGGAUAUAGUGGAGAUGUCAGUCCCUUAAUUUAUUGGAUGAAAGGGGAGAAGUUUAUUGAAGAUCUGGAUGAUAGUCGAGUCUGGGAAAGUGACAUCAGGAUUCUCAAAGAACAUCUCGGGGAACAGGAGGUUUCCAUCUCGCUGAUUCUUGACUCUGUGGAAGAGGCAGACCUGGGGAAUUACUCGUGCUACGUCGAGAAUGGAAAUGGACGCCGACAUGCCAGUAUUCUUCUACAUAAAAGGGAGCUGAUGUACACAGUUGAGCUUGCUGGUGGGCUUGGUGCUAUUCUGCUGCUGCUUGUUUGUUUAGUGACUAUCUACAAGUGUUACAAGAUAGAGAUUAUGCUCUUCUACAGGAAUCAUUUUGGAGCUGAAGAACUAGAUGGAGACAACAAAGACUAUGAUGCAUAUCUAUCUUAUACCAAAGUGGAUCCUGACCAGUGGAAUCAAGAAACUGGAGAAGAAGAAAGAUUUGCUCUUGAGAUCCUACCAGAUAUGCUUGAAAAGCAUUAUGGAUACAAGUUGUUCAUACCAGACAGAGAUUUGAUUCCCACAGGAACCUACAUUGAAGAUGUGGCAAGAUGUGUAGACCAAAGCAAGCGACUGAUCAUCGUCAUGACUCCAAAUUAUGUGGUAAGAAGAGGCUGGAGCAUCUUUGAACUGGAAACAAGGCUUAGAAACAUGUUAGUCACGGGCGAAAUCAAAGUGAUACUGAUUGAAUGCAGUGAACUACGAGGAGUUAUGAACUAUCAGGAGGUCGAGGCCCUGAAACAUACCAUCAAGCUCCUCACUGUCAUUAAAUGGCACGGACCAAAAUGCAACAAGUUGAAUUCCAAGUUCUGGAAACGUUUACAGUACGAAAUGCCUUUUAAGAGGAUUGAACCCAUCACACACGAGCAGGUUUUAGAUGUCAGUGAGCAGGGGCCCUUUGGGGAACUGCAGACAGUCUCCGCAAUUUCCAUGGCUGCUGCCACCUCCACUGCUCUUGCCACUGCCCAUCCAGACCUGCGCUCCACCUUUCACAACACAUAUCAUUCACAGAUGCGCCAGAAACACUAUUAUCGAAGCUAUGAAUACGAUGUACCUCCUACCGGCACCCUGCCGCUUACCUCAAUAGGUAACCAGCAUACCUACUGCAACAUCCCUAUGACACUUAUAAACGGUCAGCGGCCGCAGACAAAAACUAACAGGGAGCAGAAUCCGGAAGAGGCUCACACAAACAGUGCGAUACUGCCCCUCUUGCCACGGGAGACCAGUAUAUCAAGUGUCAUUUGGUGA